GUUGCAACCACCACCAGCAUCAUUUUCACCACCAUUAAAAAUUUCAAGAAAUACAGAGAGCGAGCGAGAGAGAGAGAGAGAGAGAGAGAGAGGGGUGGGUUUCAUGGAGGAGCAAGGCAAGCAAAAAAAGAAGAAUAAAAAGCCAUUAUCAUCAUCUUUUUGCCCCAUAAACAAUCUUGAUGAUGGUUGCCUUAUGCACAUCUUCAGCUUCUUAUCACCAAUUCCAGAUCGGUAUAACACCGCCCUCGUUUGCCACAGAUGGUGUUACUUGGCAUGUCAUCCUCGCUUAUGGCUCCGAGUAGAACAAUCUGCCAAAGAUUUAUCAGAGCCUGGAGUUUUCCCCAGCAUUGAGAAGGCUGUCUCUGCUGCUAGGCCCGGCGACACCAUUCUAAUUGCAGCAGGUGGGAGGCAUCUUGCCUCUAAUAUUCAAAUAAACAAACCUCUUUGCCUGAUUGGUGGUGGUGAGCUUCCUGAUGAAACAACUCUCUUAUGUUCUCGAGGUUCAGACAGUGCACUGGAGUUCAUAACUACAUGCAAACUAGCAAACCUAACAGUGAAGGCAGAGCUUGGUUGCUGCUUGCUUCACAGAAGUGGAAGGCUAACCAUAGACAGUUGCAUACUUCAAUGUGAGGCAAGCCCUUUGGACUAUCUCUCGUGCCCCAUCAUCAGUACAGCAGGGGGGAAUGAGGUGGUGUCUUCCGCUGUGAAAACUAAAGGUAAUAGAGUUUCCGUUUCCCAAACCAGGAUUGAAGGAGGUGCCAAAGCUGUCCUGACAAGCGGGGACCUGACAUUGCAGCAAGUUCGGGUCAUUUAUGCUCGAACUUUUGUUUAUUUCUGGUUUGAUGUAGAUUCUCAGUGAUGAUUGAUUGUUCAUCCCGAUCUUGUCUGUGCCAUAAUGGAACUAGUUACAUUAUUGUUUAUCACUGCUGUAUUGAUUCCCAAUUUAGAUAAUUUAAUGUGUUAAGACGCUUUCUAGCUUUCUUAGCAUAAUUGCCAGUACAGUACACUUGCCCUCCUGUGAUUUCACUUCAUAUGAAAAAAAAAGUCCAGUUCUUUUCUAUAA